GCGGUGGCAGGGCUUUGGCGUUUUGGGUUUUGGAUUUUGGUAUCGGAACACCUCACUUCUGGAGGAGUAGUACAGCUCCUCCGCCGCCAUCCGGCAGCCGCCGUCCGCUGUUAACAACUUGGGCGACCACCACUCUGUCCUACUAUCUCUGCGAAAAAUAAAAGUUAGCAAAAGAAAAGGAAGCACAAAAUAAUGUGGUAUCUAUGCGUAUUUUACCACAGGUUGCUGGACUACAGAAGGCCGGAGGUGGAAUCUCUAGCAGACCUCUUUGGGGCCUUUGAUAAAGAAACCGACCCACAAUCGAAGUCGCUUGAGUGGAGGCUUCCAGAGGACCACCACCCUGAUUCUCCCUUCCAUUUUGUUAAUCUUCCAUCUGAACAAAUCGCCUGCAAUAUAGCCAAUAGAAGCAUUCUUGUAAAAGGGAUUUAUGAGCUCUGGGGUGAAGGAAGUAGCUUUGAGGAGCUGGAAGAGGCUAUAAAAAGUUGUCCAGAUGAGCAGAAGUUGCCAUACCUUACAUCUGGAAGCACAUUCAAGAUUACUGUGGACAGUUUUGGGAAAGUUGUUAGCUUUCAAGAGCAGAAUGAUCGUAUUCAACAGCUCUCUUACAUUCCAUUUAAGGGCCAGGUCAAUCUAAGCCACCCUGAUCACAAGUUCUGGCUCAUGGAAACUGAUAAUUACGGAUCUAACAAUGGGCUUCCUCCCAUUGUCUGCAGAAGAAUUUUUUUUGGUCGAGAGAUUGGGGCUGCAGAUAGGAAGCUUCUGCCAACUUACCAAUUAAAAAGCCGCACUUACCUUGGUCCCACAGCCAUGGAUGCAGAGAUGGCUUUCCUGAUGGCCAAUCAAGCACAGGCCAAAACUGGGAAACUUGUCUAUGAUCCUUUUGUUGGUACUGGAAGCAUCCUGAUUGCUGCAGCUCAUUUUGGAGCAAUGACAAUGGGUGCAGAUAUCGAUAUUCGCGUAGUUCGUGAUGGUCGUGGUCCUGAUUGUAAUGUCUGGACCAAUUUCAAACAGUAUGGAUUGCCCAUGCCAAUUUCUCUGUUGAGGGCAGACAACAACCUCCCGCCUUGGCGUCCUGGACUAAAGGAGGUGUUUGAUUGUAUAAUAUGUGAUCCUCCUUAUGGAGUUCGUGCUGGGGGCCGUAAAUCUGGUGGCAGAAAGCUUUUGAAAGGGGUAGUGGGCCCGUAUACAGUUCCUGAUGACAAAAGGAAUGACCACAUACCUUCCACUGCUCCUUACAGCUUAGUGGAGUGUGUACACGACUUGCUUGACCUUGCUGCUAGGAUGCUUGUAAUGGGUGGAAGGCUUGUGUACUUCUAUCCUGUACUGAGAGAGGAAGACACAAUUGAUACCAGUUUUCCUGAGCACCCAUGUUUGAAAAUGGUUGCAAGCUGUGAGCAGAUCCUAAGCUUCAGGUACAGUCGCGUGUUGUUAACCAUGGUGAAGAUUGCGCCAUAUACAGAUGACAUUGCAGAGGCAGCUAGAAUCAAACAUUUGGAGUUCAGGGAAAACCAUCUCAAGUGGUUGGAAGAUGGCAAUCUUCAUUCAGCCGUCUUUAGUCCGCUUGACAUGCAGCUUAAUGCUGCAGGGGGCACAAAAUUCAGCAAGGAAUCAAAGCCAAAAUAUAGAGGCAAGUAUGUUUAAGAUAUUAAGAUCUCCAGCAGCUAUUUCGUAUUGGGCUGCUGCUUAGUCUCCACAUUUUAAUAUAGCAAUUCAGUGUAUUUGACUGAUGAUGAUAUAUGUCAUGUUCAUUCUUAGUUGGAGAAACAAGCGGAGUAGUAGCCGAGACACUACUAUUUGUAGUCUUUUUCAUUAGUUUGAUAGAACAUGUCGACUAUUUAUUGUCGCAAAGCAGGGUUGCUCUUAC